AUUCAGGCAGUAUGGACAGAGCUGGUGAUCCCACAGUUUCCCCUUCUGGUUAUUAUUACGAAGACCAGUGGAGGUCCAGAACACAUUGGAUCCAUCAUUUUAACAAGUCAGAUGAUAUAACCGAAUGCUUACAAGGAAAAGUAAUCCACUUGUUUGGAGACUCUACAAUAAGGCAGUGGUUUGAAUAUCUGACAGCGUUUGUUCCAGAUCUAGUGGAAUUCAACCUGGGGAGUCCUAAGAAUGUGGGCCCUUUCAUGUCUGUGGACCUGAAGCACAACAUCCUACUGAAGUUCCGCUGUCAUGGGCCACCCAUUCGCUUUUCAACAGUCUUUAGCAGUGAACUGCGCUACAUUGCCAACGAACUGAAUGGCAUAGUGGGUGGGAGAAACACGGUGAUAGCCAUAACUAUAUGGUCCCACUUCAGCACUUUCCCUGUGGAAGUGUAUAUCCGGCGGCUGAGGAACAUUCGGAGAUCAAUUAUUCAACUGCUGGAUCGCAGCCCUAAGACUUUAAUCGUCAUCAGAACCGCUAAUGUUCAGGAGCUUGGGCCAGAAGUGAGCCUCUUUAACAGUGACUGGUAUUCCUUUCAGCUUGAUUCUGUCAUGAGGAAAAUGUUCUCAGGAAUUGCUGUGCACUUUGUGGAUGCUUGGGAGAUGUCUCUGGCUCAUUACUUGCCACAUAACUUGCACCCAAAAGAAGUUAUUGUUAAGAAUCAAAUAGAUGCAUUUUUAUCUUAUGUGUGCCCUCUGCAGACUUAG